AUGCCCCGCUCCGGACUGAAAGCCAAGUGGCUUCUCAAGGCAAAGCUGAAGCUGCAAAAACUUCGAAUUCGUCUGCAGACCCGACCGCAAAACGCCAGCACCUCCAAACUGCCACUACUCCACAGCGAUGUGCUGGCCGAGAUCUUUAGACGAUUACCACUUCGUGAUCGAGCCAGGGCCAGGCAAGCAUCCCACGGCUUUCGCCGCCUCGUCGACGAGCUGCCGAUCCGCCUGCCAUUUCUGAUGUUCCACACCGAUAAGCACGGAAAUGUGGAGCUGCUAUGUGACCAACUCGACUUCCUGACCGGCCGUCUAUUGGCACGAUUUUCCGGGCGGUAUGAACACCUUGGUGACGCGUUGCUGAUGGACACGGCCACCGCCGAAGCAGUGUUGCGGAUAAUUGCGGCCCACGUCUCAACAAUCGCCCAUCUAUGGCUAGACUGCAAACAAAACGGAGAGAUGGCCAAAAUAUUAGUGGAAGCGAACGUCGGCCGAGAAAACGUCGCGCAUAGAAUCAGCAUCGAGCAACUAACCGUCAUUGGCAACACAGGAGGCGAUGAUUUUGAUUGGUAUCGAAAAUUGGUCCUGCUUUCCCGAAAAGAUGCCAAAGCUCUGAGAUUUCGACAUGUUAGAAUUACAUCCGACGAGCAGGCGCACGCCUUUUGGCAGGCUGUCGGCCAGUGUCACAAGUUAGAACUGCUACAGUAUGAACCCUGCAGAACCGACCAUCUCUCUAGAGAAUAUAUUGUGGAAGCGCUGGAAAAGAAGCCGAUAAAGAACCUAACCAUUACAAAUAUCGAUAAUUUAUCACCAUGUGAUCUGGGUAUGAUUGGCGCGAAGGGACGGCUUCGAGAACUAUCUGUUGUCGCCGAUUCGAUAAAACCGGAAGCUCUCACCCAAAAAUGCCUCCACAAGACCGUCGCUAGCCUGAACACCCUAUUGAUACAGGUUGAAGCCGACUUCUCGAUCGACAAUCCUGGCGACCGGGACGCCAUCUUUGCUUUAUUGCGACUUUUACCGAUCACGGCCACUCUCGAGGUCGUACACGUCCCCGUGUCAACAUCGCAUGCUCAACCUUCAACCGGUAAUUUGGCGGCCAGGAUCAUCGGGUUUUGGCUGGCAUUGGCUAUGGAAGCCGAGCGGACGAUCAAGCUAAAAAUUGAUGGACUCGGCCAGGAAUUGACGGACGCCGGCGCGGGAAGGGUACUACGAAAAUGCCAUGAAGUCACCCGUGGCCCCUACACACCCGAUGGUCUCUGGCUACAAAGCGGGCUUGGCUCGCUGCUCGUCCUCGACCGCCACACCUGGUUUGGAGACGAGGAUUUUGAGCUGUGC